CUUCAUUCAACCAGAUUUCAUUUGUUUAUGUUUCGUCUGUCAUCGAUUAUUUUCAUUUUUCUCAAUGAUUUGAUUAAGUUUUCGCCAUCAAAAUGACUUCUGGGGGUACAGUAGAUGUUCAUGACAAACUGCUAGAUGGAUGGGACAAGGCUGAAUAUAAAAAUGGAGUACCGUAUUACAUAAAUCAUCAAGUUGCAAGAACGCAAUGGGACCAUCCGGUACUUGUAAAAACUUUGGAGGAACUCAGGGACCUUGAUAGUAUUCGAUACGCAGCAUACAGAACCGCCAUGAAGUUACGAUUCCUACAGAAAAGAUUACAAAUGAACCUGAUUGAUCUGCAGACAGUCUCAGUGAUCUUCGAUCGCCAUGGUUUUGGUUUCCACGACAACGAUUCUAUAGAUUGCUCACAACUCGACAGCAUCUUAACCGACAUUUGCUGCAAGACGGCAAAAGAUAAAAACCUGAGCAUCAACCCACAUAUCACAACAGCGGUUAUUAUGAACUGGUUGCUCAAUAUGUUUGACCCACAGAGGAGUGGAAACAUCCGCCUUCAAGCUUUGAAAAUCGCUCUUGCUACACUUGCCUCAGCUAAACUGGUGGAAAAAUAUGCUUAUUUUUUCAAGGUCGCCAGUGAAAGUGGAAGCAUCGUCCAAAGGAAGAAAUUCGGUCAUUUCCUAUAUGACUUCAUGCAGCUCCCUGAGUUACUGAAUGAAUCGCAAGCGUUUGGUGGUCUGGCCGUCGGCGCGGCAGUGGAGAACUGUUUCCAGAUGUCUGGAAACAGUGUCGGAAUAAGCGAAGAGACGUUCACGGAAUGGAUGCUGCAGGAGCCGCAGACAAUUGUAUGGUUACCCAUGAUGCAUCGGUUAGCUGCGUCUGAAUUGGUCAAGCAUGACGCUAAAUGUACUAUCUGCAAAGUUAGCCCAAUCACCGGAUUCAGGUACCGUUGCAUGAAAUGCUUCAACUACGACAUCUGCCAGUCCUGUUUCUUUUUGGGAAAUACGAGCAAGAAGCACAAGAUCGACCACCCGACCCAGGAAUAUUGUCAAUCUGCGUCUUCCAAAGAUAACACGAAAGCUAUACUGAAAACAAUGCGGAAUAAUGUCAGUAAGAAGUACAAGAAGAAAGUGAAUCGGCCGCGAUAUCUGCCGAUUGUGGGAACAGAGACAGGCGAUUUUGAUGAAGACUACUGUCCUGAACCCCCUGAAGCCAAGGCACAUGACGAGUUAAAGAAAAAGGCUGAGAAGUUAGCAGAGGUAGAAGAAAUGGUGCUACCAGCUGCCUUAGUGAAUUACCUAAAUGGUGCACCAUCAAUUAAGAAGCGUAGUGGUGGUGAAGAGGAGGUCGUUGUCAAAGAAUUGAAUAAAAACGAAUUGUUCUCUGCUCCCCCACCAGAGGCGUUUGAUGUAUUUAACCUGGGCUCAGACCAGGUGCACGAGUUGGAGAGCGUGAUUCAACACCUUGAAGAUGAAAAUGUCUAUCUCAUAGACGAAAUCGAACAUCUGCACCAACAAUCAUUAGAACAUGACUCUGAUGAUGACGACGAUGAACCACUUGUGAGCCAGGCGUUACAUUCCCGACACGAACGUCUUGAGGCUGAGAAGGAGAUCUUGGAUGCGCACAAUCGGAGGUUGAAUGAACAGCUGGAGAGGUUGAGAAGGUUGAUGCAGGCACAUCAAGAGGUCACUACUGCUGUGGAGAAGAAGAAAGAACAAGUCACAACACUCAACAAUGUACAAUCAGCUCAACCAAACCCUGCCAAAGCCAACAUGUACCAUGCCAUGAGCACACCCAAAAACAUCAUUCAACCCACUCACCACAAUGUCUUCAAGACGCCAUCAUUUGCACCCAGCCCCGUGUUCUACAGCCCACCAGACUAUUCACAGCAAGACAACACCGGUUUGGAUACGGUGGAUGCGACAAUGGAUAGUCAGUAUAUGGGGCGUACUCACUUCACGUUGCCCACCCCCGGCCAGUCUCAGGUCUAUCCUGAUGAGGAGGCAGAGCUUGAUUAUUUGAUGGAGAAACUUAAUAAAGAGUUCCCAGAUAAUCUGACCUGCGCUGUUGGUGAUGAGGAGAAUGGUGCUAUGUCCAGCAGUACAUACCAAGUGUCUAACCAGAUCGGCGAUGCCAUGUCUGAGUUUGUCGGCAAGAUGGAAGCCACAGGAACUUCUUGAGUCAAUCAAGGAAAAUAAUUUCUUUUCACAUCCUUCGAAAGCAGAUAAUACUAUGGAGAUGCAAUUCUUAGCCUUGAGGUGAACAGCAUCAAGAUUUGGAAACCUUUUACAACGAUUUUUGUGCAUUUUGCAGAUAAUCUAAGUAAAGACCUGUGAGUGGACAAUGUGGUCUAAACUGAAGUCUAGGUUGUCACGUUUGUACUUUUAUACUUAAAUGAUCCAAACGCAUUUUCAUUAUCUACAGCUGAAUACUCCCAUUUACGUGGUAACUCCAAGUCAAAAUCUCCAUGUUUUUCAAAUAUAUUGAAUUCAGUUUCCAAUUGACAUUGUGGGAUUAUUUUCUCUACCCUGCUAACGACUCAGAUGAAUUUUUUAGAUGUGUUGCAAGAUAGAAAUGUAGCUUUCAAGGCAGAAGUUUAAUCAAAACAAAAAUUGUUUUAUGCGUGUUUAUAGCAAUGGCAUAAGCUAUUAUAAUGUUUUGAAAGUUUAGUUAAUUCAUCAUGGUACGAGACACACAUUUUGUUCUCGUAGGUUCUCGUACAGCUCAGUUGACCUGGAAGACAUAUUAUUUCAGUUCAUCUUUCUUAACGAUUUUACAAUGAAGGAUAGAAUUUGUAUCAUUUUUUACUCAACUGUAGUAUUUUUUAACAGCUGUAAAAUGUUCAGACAUGUAACAUAUUAACACUUAUGCAUUUAAUAUUAUAGCAGAGAUAAAAUGUCUUUUAAAUAGAUCUACCGUAAUAAAUCUGUAGACCAAAUGAGUUGAUAGAACAAAUCUUUGUCAGGGUUGGCUCUGUGAAUUUUUUCCUCCUAGCCACUUUUUAGCCAAGUGGCUGUCACUUUUAGCCAUAUUGAGUCAGCUCUAGCCAUUGCCGAUCGUUUGUCCAUCUUCUGGUCGACCCAGCCACCAGUAACACGUGCGAGAAUGGCAGCCCGCCAGUACUGAGACAAGCCAAUCAACGAACGAUUCGAUGAACCCGUGACCGGAGACCCAUGGCAACGAAGCGAGCGGGAAACUAGCCGGUAAUAUAUGCGUAAGGCAACCAGCAGCGCCACCAAAGUCAAUGAGCGGUAACUGGUAGAACUACAAUGCAGCCAUAGCAACCACGUGUGAUAGCGCGGCCGCCCGCAAAUUUGAAAAAAAGUUUGACUGCCUAACGAUCGUUCCUUGGUGCAUUUGGUGUGGAAGUGGAUCUUUUUGAUAGACUUUGAUCAAUUUUCGCACAACACUAUUACUCUCACGCCAAAUCAUGGCAAUUCAAAUUGAAUUCGCAAAAUUUUUAGCCAGACAUUGUUUUACAUUCGCCACUCGUGCAGCAUUCGCAAGUGGCGAAAAUGCGAACGGGCGCGCCAACCCUGCUUACUCGGAUGACUUCGAAUAAUUUUCUCGUAUUGUUGUACAGUUAUUAUCUGCUUAAAAUCUUUUCGACUUCGCUGUUGAAUAGUUUGUGCUGUUAAACCUCAGAUUGUAUCAAAGGGAAUUACCCACUGUGGCACUAAGAUUUUACAUAUCGUAAUCAUGUUUUAUUUAUUGGAUCAGUUUUGGAUAGUGAUAUUACUGCAGCACAUAACUUAUGGGAAUGAAUGUAAUUUUAGAAUACAUUUUUAGCGUAUACUCCUUCAUUUAGGAAAUAAUUUUCGUCGUCAGGCUGUCGUUUGCUCAAAAGUUAUGUCCGACUUGACGUCUUCGCAUCACGAGAGCCUCAAGCUUUCAGACUGGAGAAAAUCAUCUCGUGACCAAUCAAUCUGGUGACUUGGAUCAGCCAAUUGUGCAGUUUUCUUAUUGUAUAAAACUGCUGUAUACAAAAGUUUGU